UCCCAAGGGCCUUGUGUUAUCAGAGGCACUUAGCACACCAAAGGAAAGGAAAGCAGUGGAUGGUUCCUAGGAUGUGCUGUCUGCCUGGUGCACAAGGGAUGUCAGCUGGACCUCAUCUCUUUUGCUGCUCAAGAAAAGGUAUUCGAUACUGAUGCAGACGCAGCCUCAGUCAUCUGAAACUUCUGCUAUUGAAAACGGGAUCUUUUUCUUCCUCCUUCAGAUCGCAUUAAAAACGCCUGCGGUUAUUUGAACCCUCCGACUUGCCCUGUGCCCCCUGAACAUUUCGCUAAUGCACCCAAAGCGGUGCUUAAUGACCUGCCCGCGCUGUCGGAGCGCUCCUGCCCCCGCCCGAGUUCGUGUGGCAGGUUCUGCAGCCGGGGGGGAAUCGAGCCCUGCGGCGAUGCCCGAAGCGCUCCUGGCAGGGAGCCCGCAGCCGGGAGAAUCCCGCCCGCCUGCCUUCUCCUGCGGUACCCACCGCUCUGCCAUCCCCGCGCCGUGCCGCGAUGGGAGGCAGGAACACACCCAGCCCUGGUCCCCAUCUGUUGCAGCAUCGGCUCCAGUAGCAGAGCCCGAGAUGUUUAAAUGCGCUUGCCUUUAGGGAAAAGCUUUCAAUGCAGUUCUUCGAUGGACGUUUCCAGCCAGACUGCAGGAUUUUUCAGAGCUGAUCUCAGCUCUUUUGCCAUGCCAUUCUUGGACGGUGAUGUGGAGAGCACGGACAAAAAUGCUUCUCGCAAGGUGGAUGAAAGCUACUCAGCUGGCAGUCCUUCAAAAGGCAUUUUCUCAAAAGGUCUCCAGAACCGACCUUCCAGCCCCGUUUCUGCCCCUGUGAGAUCCAAACACAGUCCUGGCUCACCCAAAACAGUGUUCCCCUUCCCCUACCAGGAGUCUCCCCCACGCUCCCCACGCCGAAUGAGCUUCAGUGGGAUCUUCAGGUCCUCCUCCAAAGAGUCUUCCCCCAAUUCUAACCCGUCUACCUCUCCUGGGGGCAUCAAGUUUUUCUCCAGAUCAAGAAAAACCUCUGGCCUCUCCUCUUCUCCAUCUACCCCAACACAAGUGACCAAGCAGCCCACGUUUCCUCUUGAAUCCUAUAAGCAUGAGCCUGAGAGACUAGAAACACGGAUUCAUUGUUCCUCGCCUCCGGACACAGGGCAGAGAUUUUCUCUGCCUCCAUCUCAAAGCGCAGCCAAGCCUCCCAUCAUGACACCAGCUCCCAGUGCUACCUCAAAACCAGCGGCGGCAGCGGCUCCGGCUCCCUCGCAGCUCCCGGCCGCCUCCGAAGGGAUGCUGGAGAAACUAGAGCUCGAAGAUGAAGCACUUGAAGAAUCGGAAAGUGACAUUUAUGUGCGAUUCAUGAGGUCACACAAGUGUUAUGACAUUGUUCCAACAAGCUCUAAGCUUGUUGUUUUCGACACUACGCUACAAGUAAAGAAAGCCUUCUUUGCCUUGGUGGCAAAUGGUGUGAGAGCAGCUCCACUGUGGGAGAGUAAAAAACAGAGUUUUGUAGGAAUGUUAACAAUUACAGAUUUCAUUAACAUACUGCAUAGAUACUAUAAGUCUCCAAUGGUUCAGAUUUAUGAAUUGGAGGAGCACAAGAUAGAAACCUGGAGGGAGCUUUAUUUACAAGAGACUUUUAAACCUUUAGUGAACAUCUCCCCAGAUGCAAGCCUUUUUGAUGCUGUAUAUUCGUUGAUCAAAAACAAAAUCCACAGAUUGCCAGUUAUAGAUCCAGUCAGUGGAAAUGCACUUUAUAUACUUACCCAUAAAAGAAUCCUCAAGUUCCUCCAGCUUUUUAUGUCAGAGAUGCCAAAGCCUGCCUUUAUGAAGAAGAAUCUGGAUGAACUUGGAAUAGGAACAUAUCACAACAUUGCCUUCAUACAUCCAGACACUCCUAUCAUUAAAGCCUUGAAUAUAUUUGUAGAGCGAAGGAUAUCGGCAUUACCUGUUGUGGAUGAGUCAGGAAAAGUUGUAGAUAUUUAUUCCAAAUUUGAUGUAAUAAAUCUUGCUGCUGAAAAAACGUAUAAUAACUUAGAUAUCACGGUGACACAAGCCCUACAGCACCGCUCUCAGUAUUUUGAAGGUGUUGUAAAGUGUAGUAUGCUGGAAACACUGGAGACCAUUGUGGAUAGAAUAGUGAAGGCUGAGGUUCAUCGUUUGGUGGUAGUGAAUGAAGCUGAUAGCAUUGUGGGUAUCAUCUCCCUCUCUGACAUCCUACAAGCUCUGGUACUCACACCUGCAGGUGCCAAACAAAAGGAGAACGAGAGCGAAUGACUGCUGUGAAUGUACGCGUGUGUAGGAGAACUUGAACAAAGUUUCUGGGUCGUUUGUCUCAAGAGCAGUGACUGCAAUCGAACAGAGCAGGAUGGUUGAGAAUGUGUUUUGGGACUUAGUGAUGGAUGACGAGUCUCUUCCCCCCAGUGAUGUCGCAAAAAAAAAGCAGCAUGACAAAAGCUUAUGUUAAAAUGUAGGCUCGUAUUUCAAAAUGUCUUCAAAACAUUUGCUGGAAGACUUCACAUGAUGUCCUUCAUUAAAAUGCACUGUAUUCUGAAACUUUUUCAUUUUGUAUUUGACAGAAGUCACUGGUCAGCAAUGGAUAUAUGUGACAUAAGGCAAGUGUAUGGCAUAUUCAUAUCAUAGUGCCUUAUGUCAAAAUACAGCAAUAUGUCAUCACUGUUGCCCAUCACUGUCAAAGGAAGUGUUGUGCUAAACGAGACACUGUAUUUGAAUGUGAAAGUCUUUAAACCUAAAACCAAAUCAGUUUCAGUUCUCAUUAGAUUUGUCAUAAAAGCUGUAAUUUGGGUAUCGCUAGACUUCUUUAAAACUUCAAUGACAGUUUUGUGUUCAAUGUUGCAUUCUGAACUGAAAUGUAAAAUGAGACUGAUUUAAAAACAGCUUUAUUUAUUUUUACUUUCAUGACAAUUUUUUACACAUCUUUGGUGGAUAGCUAAAAUUUCACCAUAUCCAUUAAUAAACUGUUGAUUGUUAUACAAACAAGUGGGAGAUUUUUCUCAUUAUUUAAAACUGUGCAGUUGCAGAAGCUGCGGCCUGUUCACCAGUCUGUGUUACGUGAGCUGAAGAUUUCGGAAGCAUGGAUUGAAAGUGCUCUGUACUGUCAUGCACAGGCACCAUGGAGGAAACGAGGUGCCAGAGGACAAUAUUUUCACCUGUAUUAAAGUGUAAAAUGAUGUUUGUACAAUGAAAACCCGAAACUUUUUAUUGUAUAUGAUUUGUACAGAAGCGGAGGAGUGAGGAAAGCCAUGGGGUAUUUGCUAAUGUAAAUGUACUGUAAAGUUUGAAGAUGAGACUUUUAUAAUUGUAGAUUCUUGUAGAUGGAAGAAAUUAAACCCUACAACAUCA